AUGGGAAACACGGUAUCGAACUUCGUCCAAAACGCCAUCAACGCAGUCAAGAAUACGGUAGAGGAAAUGUUCCAUCGCAUCGCACCACCCAUUGUGCGUUACGUGGCCAAGCACCCGCUGCGUACACUCGGUCACAUCGGUAGUGCUAUGCUGAUGCUCGUUCCCGGCGUCAUUACAACGCCACUAUUGGCUAUUGUGGGCUUUUCGGGUAGCGGCGUUAUCGCUGGAUCGCUUGCUGCUGGGGUACAGUCUGCUAUGGGUGCGGUAUCUGCAGGAAGCACAUUUGCGGUCUUGCAGUCUGCAGCGGUAAAUAUGGAUCCCCCUUCUGGUGUGGCAUAUUGCUGA